CAUCGCUCCACGCACACAUACAUAUACAUUGCUGCUCUCCACAAACACGCUGAGACCUCUCAGAGGAAAGCCUCGGACAGGUGAAGGCAGGUGCAGUCCGAGAUGAACUCGGCUCCUCCCGCAGGCAGUGCCCUGGCGGCUCCAGCAAGCGGAGCUGGACCGACCACACCCAAAAAGGGCCCACCCAAAUUCAAGCAGAGGCAGACCCGCACAUUCAAAAGCAAAGCCCCUAAACCUGGCCAGAAAGGGUUUGGUGAUGACAUCCCUGGAAUGGAGGGCCUUGGCACAGACUUCACGGUUGUGUGCCCCUGGGAGGCCUUUGGGGACAUGGAGCUUAGCGACCUGGCAAAAUACGGCAUCAUUUAAAACUCUGCCUCCUAUUCCUCCCCGCCUUCAACUCUGCCCUAUCCUCUCAGAGUCCACCCACUCAGCCCUCCACCUGUCGCGCGGUUAUGCCACGCUGCGUGUGCCACAGCAUGGCCUGAUAUAAGGGACUGACAUAACUGCACACAUAUAAUACAUAUUUUUAUGAUUGUUAUUAUUAUUAUUAUAUAAUAUUUUAUACUGACUUCUAUCCGUUGCGAUAAGAUGACCCCUUAAUUUCCUCGUCCCCCACCACCACCAUCACCACUAUUUUUCCUACCUCGACUCCGCUCAUUACAGUAACAGUGCUAACUGGUAAUCAGCAUCGCCCCCUGGGGUGACUCUGCCACUAAAUAUGCUGUUUUUGAUGUGGUGUUUUAGCCUAAAUGAUGUAGCAUAAAUAUUAAAUGUUAAUGAGAACAUUCUGUCCUGCCGGUCUCCUCUGCACUCUAAAGUUUGUGUUAGUGGUGUUUUGGGCUUCUGCAGUAACUUAUCAGUGACCAUAAAUAUGGUGAUUUUGGUCCACAUUAUAAUGCAGUAAAAAUUAAUUCAUUACAUUCAUUUAUUAGAACCCUUCCCCACCCCAGAUCACCCUCUUCACUCCUUCUUUCCUCUGGUCUCAAAAAAGCCUGUCCUAAAAACACAUUUAAUUUAUUAAAUGGAAAUGUUCGUUUGUUUGUCGUCUAGAAUUCAGUAAACUGUAUAUUUUCAAUAAAA